GGUUCACCCCCGCACGAAUCGAUCCACCGAUCUACACGUCCAUUUACAUCGAUUAUUAUUGAAUCGACAGUGCGCGUUUGACCCUGCCGGGACGAACGCGAGGUUCUUCUCAAUUAAGAGUUGACUUUAGCCACUCAACCAUUUAGCCACUCAACCCUUUAACCACUCAACCUUUUAGCCACUCAACCCUUUAACCACUCCACCCUUUAACCACUCAACCAUUUAACCACUCAACCAUUUAGCCACUCCACCCUUUAACCACUCAACCCUUUAGCCACUCAACCAUUUAGCCACUCAACACUUUAGCCACUCAACCCUUUAACCACUCAACCCUUUGGCCUCCUCGCGUCCGUAGACACACCGCGUGCCCUUCGGCUGCGACGGUCAAGUGGACAUCGCCUCGAGCUGUACAAGAGGAGGCUGUAGUAGGAGUAGUAGGAGUAUAGUCCCUUCCCCACCCCGAGCCAAGGACAUGUUCAUCACGACGGCCAACUUGGCGAAAGCAAAAUCCAAGAUGGUGCUGGUGCAGAUGUUGAGCGCUGCCGGCACCGGCUACUGCUUCAAUGCCAAGAGGAAUCGUCUCUCUGAGAAGAUGGUGAUGCGCAAGAAUGACCCCGUCGUCAAUCAGCACGUCCUGUUUUUCGAGAAGAAGAAGAUACGAUCAAUUUAGAAGAGGAGCGGAGUGGACGGAAGCAUUCAAAUCAAAUGCACACCCACCGUGCAAAACGUUAGCCACCACAGAGGUCUCACACACACGUAACAACAGGCUGCAAGGCCACCCUUCUCAUCCUCUUAUGCAUUGAACGAUAGCAUCGAUUAGUUCACUGGUAGUAUCCGUUCUUCUGUUGACGAUACACGCAUUAAAACUUGACUGUUGGUUCGUGUUUGGUGUAUGUUUGGGUACCCAUAAACCCUGCAGCCACGAGAGCACAUUUACCACAACGGGGAGGAAGAAAUAACAUCGAUAUGACCUUUGACCCAAAUUACGACGUGAAUUUCCUUUCACCUACCCGUGUCCACAUUCAACUGUUUCCCAUUCCCACACCGCUCAUUUACCAUCGCCGCGGACGUCUGCACAACCACCGAAAUCAACGCUGUGCUCCACUGACUUCAUCAGCCAUGGUCGAGUCACUGUUGGAUGGAUGUAGGCUUCCCCAAGCCACCACCUGGGAAGCAUCUGCACACGAGCCGAUUGCAACGCCUCCAUCUUCUUGUAGGAUGACCUGCCUGGCUGGCAAACCAACGUCAGUCUCAACCACCGACCAACAUCACUUUGCAUGAACGUGUCCUGUUCCAGCCGAGCGCCACCGUUCAUCUCGCGGUCAAUAUCACGUCUCUUGCGUUCUCUCGUGUAUUUCCCUCGUUGUGUUCACAGUUCAUCUUAUCGCAUCUGUUUUUAUAACCGUGAGUUUUGUGUGUCUUGUUUUAACGAGCCCAAGCAAGUGCAGCCUGAGUCAAUGUCAACCACACAAAUCCGUGUAUAAAGGAAUAUAGGCUUCACGUUAUGAGGCUCGCACAGAGACCGAGUGGGAAGUCAAUAUACCCUUGUCUUAAGAGCUGUCAUGACUCAUAGGUAAUGGGGUAUAGCGACUUCCUGCCCACUGUACAUAAACAGAGCUCACGCUUGUAUGUACAAUAAUAAACGUGACACGUGAU